CAUCGGGUAUAAAGGGAUGUGGAAGACCGGGCACCGAGAAGAGAGAGAGGAAGCGGCGGGCGGGUAGGCGGGCGAGGCCGCGAUGGGAGAUGAGGCGAUCGCACCGGUGAAGAUAACUCCUUCUUCGUUUCCCCACACCAAGCCCUCCUCCUCUUCUUCUUCCAUCCGAUUCCUCGGCAUCUUGAAGCAGCCCGAUUCCGGCCCCAGCUCAAACCCUAACCUGGAGCUCGAUGAGAGCGACAUCUUCUGGUCCGUCUCUGAGGUCUCCUCUGCCUCCUCCUCCCCUUCCGCUGGCGGCCCCGCCUCCUACUCGCAGUCAGACCGAUACCACCACGGGCGGCACGAGACCCGGCCCUUCGUGCCGGGAAGGUCCGGUCUAUCGGCCGCGCUGGCGGAGGACAGCCUGCUCCUGGUGAGGCAGAGGCUGCCGGCUGCGGCCUCGCGAGGUGGCGUGCCGGUGCCCGCGGGGAGGGCGGGGACGGAGGAGACCGGGGGAGGGAUGGGAAAGGGGUUCCACCAGUCGGCGCCGGUGAACGUGCCGGCGUGGCCGAGCUGGAGGAGUGGGAGGAAGGUGGAGGAGGGGGAGGAUAGAGAUCUGGAGGAGGAGGAGGAGGACAGGAGAUGGUUCCGCCGCACGUGAUCGUGGCGAGGUCGCACGUGAUGACAUUCUCGGUGUUCGAGGGCGUAGGGAGGACCCUCAAAGGGAGGGAUCUCCGGCAGGUACGGAACGCCGUCUUACAGAAGACCGGUUUCCUCUGAUGUGUUCUCUCUUACCCUUUUCUUUUUCUCGCCCCUCCCUAGUGAGAGAUUGGUUUGGGUUUUUUUGUCGGGCGAAGGGUCUGGGUUUUGCUAUUAUUGUACUUUCAGAUGCUCUCUUUUCGAUGGGUUGGGAUGGUGCCAAGAUUUCUAGCUCGCUGUGUAAUCACCAUUUAGUUUUAUUAUCAAUUGGAUAUUUUUAAGUUCAGUUUAGAAUAAAAAGAUAGAUGCUUGUCCCCUUUUUUCCCCCUCA